UCUCCGAGGAGGAAAAUCAUUUCUUUCCGUCCCCGAGUCGCUUUCAUAUGGCGAUGUCAGCGUGGAUAUUAUUGCUCACUGUGGGUGUGUCUGGACUGUCCUGGGGUCAGCGUUCUGAACCCAUGUUUGCCUCAGUAACUCACAGUAUUUUCCCUCCUGACUAUGAGAACAACCCUACACAGCUCAACUACGGCGUGGCUGUCACUGACGUGGAUGGUGACGGAGAUCUGGAGAUGUUCGUAUCAGGCUACAAUGGCCCAAACCUGGUGCUAAAGUACGAUAAGAUUAAGAAGAGGCUUGUUAACAUUGCAGUUGACAACAGAAGUUCUCCAUACUAUGCACUUAGAGAUCGACAUGGCAAUGCUAUUGGGGUGACAGCAUGUGACAUAGAUGGUGAUGGCAGAGAGGAAAUUUACGUCCUCAACACGAAUAAUGCCUUCUCAGGGAGAGCAACGUACACUGAUAAGCUCUUCAAGUUUCGUAACAGCCGGUUUGAGGAUCUCCUGAACGAUGAGAUAAAUGAACACAGAGACGUUGCCAAUCGUGUCGCUGGGCGAUCAGUAGCAUGUGUGGAUAGAAAGGGAACAGGUCGGUAUUCCAUCUACAUCGCCAAUUAUGCCAGCGGGACUGUAGGUCCACAUGCGCUGAUUGAAAUGGAUGAAAGUUCAAGUGACCCGUCCAGAGGAAUUGUUGCACUGUCAAACGUAGCUGAGCAAGCUGGAGUCAACAAGCUUACAGGGGGACGGGGGGUCGUGGUUGGCCCGAUCCUCAGCCAGACUCUACCUGAUAUAUUCUGCGACAAUGAGUACAGCCCGAACUUCCUGUUCCGCAACAACGGAGAUGGUACAUUUACGGACAUGGCGCCACAAGCAGGGGUCGAUGACCCGAUGCAGCAUGGCCGUGGAGUGGCGUUGGCAGAUUUUAAUCGGGAUGGGAAGACAGACAUUGUCUAUGGAAACUGGAAUGGGCCGCAUCGUCUGUUCCUACAGCUCGGCAACAAUCGCAAGCAAAGGUUUAAGGAUAUAGCCUCGCAGAAGUUUUCCAUGCCUUCUCCUGUUCGCACAGUCAUCGCAGCCGACUUUGACAAUGACAAUGAACUGGAGGUCUUUUUCAACAACAUUGCCUACAGAGGACCAUCAGCCAACAGACUGUUCAGAGUUUCGCGGAGAGAACAUGGAGAUCCACAGAUUGAGGAGCUGAACGUUGGGGAGGCCGCGGAACCAGAGGGACGUGGAACCGGAGCAGCUGUGACUGAUUUUGAUGGAGAUGGACUGUUGGAUCUGUUGGUGACACACGGGGAAAGUGCGGCUCAGCCCAUCUCUUUGUACAGAGUCACACAGGGUUCAUCUAAUAAAUGGCUCCGUGUGAUUCCACGCACACAGUUUGGGGCUUUUGCUCGUGGGGCUAAAGUGAUAGUUUACACCAAAAGAAACGGCCCGCACACACGCAUCAUAGAUGGAGGAUCAGGGUACUUGUGUGAGAUGGAGCCCGUGGCUCACUUUGGGCUAGGGAAAGAUGUGGCCACCAGUGUGGAAGUGUUCUGGCCAGAUGGACGUUCUGUGGCCAGGCCACUGGAACCCAGUGACAUGAACAGAGUUAUGGAGAUUCAUUACCCUGAAAACGAGGAGGAGGCAACCCCAGCAGUAGAGAUUGAGUGUGGACCAGGAUUUGAAGUCAAUGAAAAUGGCCGUUGCACUGACCGAGAUGAGUGCACACAGUUCCCGUCUGUCUGUCCCCCUGAGCGACCCAUCUGCACAAACACCUACGGGAGCUUCAAGUGCCGUGCAAACAAGAGGUGUAACCAGGGAUUUGAGCCUAAUGAUGAGGGCACAGCAUGUGUAGCUCAGGUGGCUUAUUUUGGAGGAAACAGAUCCUCAGCCUCCAAACUCUGGGCUUCCUGUCUGGGGCAUCUUGUACUUGCUCUAUUCUCUGUCUUCACUCCCCGCUUGUGGGCAUGAACGACAGAGGCUGUCCUGACAUCUGCCACCCUGCUUGGUCUCUGUUUCACUGCUUUCCUUCUUUUUCUACACUGAGAGGUUUGGGGGUCAACUGUUAAAUGAACUCUCCAUGGACGUGUCACUUCCCCUGUCACUCUUGCAAUGUCUCACUUAAGAACUGUCGUCUCUAAAGGCUUUGUUCACAAUGCACACAAAUCCGAUCUUUAGGACUGACUGUCUACACUGGCAUUUUGCAAGUGAUGAAAUCUGAUCCAUUUGUUCAGACAGUGAAGUCAAUACCUUUUGUAUAUACAUCCGUAUAUUGGUUGCUACAGUGAUUACGUAAACGU